AUGCCUCCCUCCGCCCCGUCCCCGGAUUCUACAGUCCAAGACUCAGGGGAAUCAGAACCCACUUCCCAACGAGACCCCUCGCCACCAAGCACCCGCCUGCGUCUUCGCCGGGAGCAGAAGGGAGGGGGGGAAUUUUGGGCGGCAUCCCAGGCUUUCCCAUUACGCUCGGUGGGGGGGGAGCUUCAGUAUUGGCCUUUCUCCGCGUCAGAUCUUUACAAUUGGAAAACCCAUAACCCCCCAUUUUCGCAAGACCCGCAGGCCCUCACGGGACUGAUCGAGUCGGUUUUGUUAACCCACCAACCCACUUGGGAUGAUUGUCAGCAGCUUUUACAGGCCCUUCUGACCACGGAAGAGCGGCAACGGGUCUUCACAGAAGCCCGUAGAAAUGUGCCGGGGGAGGACGGCCGCCCCACUCAGCUGCCUAAUGAGAUUGAUGAGGUGUUCCCGCUGACUCGACCCAAUUGGGAUUUCAAUACGGCAGCGGGUAGGGAACGACUCCGUCUCUACCGCCAGGUUCUCCUGACAGGGCUCCGAGGGGCAGGAAGGCGCCCCACCAAUUUGGCCAAGGUACGUGCGAUUGUGCAGGGUAGUGAGGAAACCCCGGCAGGAUUUUUAGAAAGGCUAAUGGAAGGAUAUAGAAUGUAUACUCCCUUUGACCCACAGGCCCCUGACCGGCAGGCCGAUGUAAUCAUGUCCUUCAUUGGACAAUCGGCCCCGGACAUCCGCACAAGGCUACAGAGGCUGGAGGGGUUGCAGGGGUAUACACUGCAGGACCUAGUUAAGGAGGCAGAAAAGAUUUUCAAUAAAAGAGAAACAAAGGAGGAAAGAGAAGAGAGGUUACGCAGAGAACAGGAACGUAGGGAAGACCAGAGGGAUAAAAAAAGGAACAAGGACUUAGUUAAAAUCCUAGCCACCGCAGUCACAGGACCAGAGCAGACUAAAGGUAGACAAGAUAGGGACCUGGGAGACAAAUGGAGGCCACGGUUGGACCGAGACCAGUGCGCAUACUGCAAAGAAAGAGGACACUGGGCUAAGGAUUGCCCGAACAAAGGACAGCCAAAGCGCCAGCGGAGAGCGAUGCCCGUCUUGGCGCUGGAAGACGACGACUAGGUAGGUCAGGGCCAGGCGCCUCCCCCUGAGCCCCGGGUAACUCUAAAAGUGGGAGGCCGGCCAGUCACCUUCCUGGUCGAUACGGGAGCCCAACAUUCAGUCCUCACAACGGCCAGAGGCCCCCUUAGUUCCAAGACAUCAUGGGUCCAGGGGGCCACUGGAGGAAAACUGUACAAAUGGACUACUGAGCGUAAAGUCGACCUGGCAACAGGGCGGGUCACGCAUUCGUUUCUACUAGUACCGGACUGCCCAUACCCCCUGCUGGGAAGGGAUCUGCUCUCAAAGGUUGGGGCCCAGAUCCAUUUCCAAGACAAGGGAGCCACAGUAGUCGGCCCCGCAGGCCAACCCCUCCAUGUGUUGACCCUCCAGCUGGAAGAUGAACACCGCCUUCACGAGAGCCCCUUAUCAGCUCAGCCCCAAGUAACAUCCGAAUGGCUUACUAAAUUCCCCCAGUCUUGGGCGGAAACGGGAGGAGUAGGGCUGGCUAUCAGACAGCCCCCGGUGAUAGUAAACCUAAAGCCCACGGCCACUCCCGUAUCAAUCCGCCAAUACCCUAUGGCUGCGGAGGCGAAGGAUGGAAUUCGACCACACAUACAGAGACUGAUAAAACUGGGCAUAUUGAGACCUUGUCAGUCACCUUGGAACACCCCUUUGUUACCAGUCAAAAAGCCUGGCUCUAAUGAUUACAGGCCAGUGCAAGACCUACGGGAAGUAAACCGCAGGGCUGAGGACAUUCACCCCACGGUCCCUAACCCAUACAACUUGUUGAGCACCCUGGCCCCGACCCGAACUUGGUAUACGGUGCUUGACUUGAAAGAUGCCUUCUUUUGCCUAAGACUGAGUCCCCAGAGUCAGCCUCUCUUUGCCUUCGAGUGGAAAGACCCGGAGACUGGGUUUUCAGGACAACUGACGUGGACCAGGCUUCCCCAAGGGUUUAAGAACUCCCCUACGCUGUUUGAUGAAGCCCUACACCAGGACUUGGCAGACUUCCGGGCCAUGCUGCUCAACCCUGAACGGGUCCGGUAUGGGACUGCUGCCUCGCUCAACCCGGCCACCCUGCUUCCUGAGCCGGGGUCUGAAUCACAAGUCGACCACGACUUCCACCAAGUGUUAGCCGAAGUGCACGGGACCCGAGAGGACCUGACCGAUCUACCCCUGUCAGACGCAGUCACCUGGUAUACGGACGGGAGCAGCUUCUUGCACCAAGGUGAGAGAAAGGCAGGGGCGGCGGUAGUUGAUGGGGAAACUGUCAUAUGGGCUUCUGCUCUGCCCCCAGGGACUUCGGCACAGAAGGCUGAACUUGUGGCCCUCACCCAAGCACUUCAUGCCGCUGAGAAUCGGAGAGUAAAUAUUUAUACAGACAGCCGUUAUGCCUUUGCCACAGUGCAUAUACAUGGGGAAAUAUAUUGGAGGAGAGGGUUGUUAACCUCAGGGGGCAAGGACAUUAAAAAUAAGCAGGAGAUCCUAGACCUCCUACAAGCCCUCCACCUUCCUAAGAAAGUGAGCAUCAUCCACUGCCCAGGUCAUCAGAAAGGAGAUGACGCAGUGGCCAAGGGGAAUAGAAUGGCGGAUGAGGUGGCUAGAACAAGAGCCCUGGACAGCGUCACUCUGGUAACGCAGUCAUCUGAAACCUCAAAUAACCCUGGGUGGUCAUAUUCGGAGCAAGAUGUGACAGCCAUCCAAAGACUGGGAGGCGCGUACAACGGCCAGCGUAAGGUCUGGGAGAUCCAGGGGAAAACAGUAUUACCAAGAAAGGAAGCCAAGGACCUCAUACAAGACCUCCAUAGAUGGACCCACUUGGGGCAUAAAAAGUUAAAGGCCCUACUGGACAGAGAGGAACUAACCUAUUUCAUAAUAGGACUGAACUCACUAGUAAAACAAGCCUGUGUUUGUGUUCCUUGUGCAAAAGUAAAUCCAAAGUGUCUUAAAGUACCAGAAGGAGCAAGGAUGCGAGGGGCACGCCCGGGAACAAACUGGGAGGUGGACUUUACCGAAAUUCGUCCCGGUAGGUAUGGAAUUAAGUAUCUCCUAGUAUUUGUAGACACUUUUUCCGGCUGGACAGAGGCUUUUCCGGUAAAGAAGGAAACAGCGCAGGUGGUGGUCAAGAAAAUCUUGGAAGAAAUCUUUCCGCGGUUUGGCCUGCCUAAGGUACUGGGAUCCGAUAAUGGGCCGGCCUUUGUCUCCCGGGUAAGUCAGUUGGUGGCCAAGGUGCUGGGGAUUGAUUGGAAAUUGCAUUGCGCAUACAGACCCCAGAGUUCAGGACAGGUAGAGUGCAUGAACAGAACAAUUAAGGAGACCUUAACCAAAUUAAUGAUGGAGACUGGCGCUAAAGACUGGGUCGAGUUAUUACCAAUGGCUCUAUUUCGGGCCCGCAACACUCCCUCCGCGUUCGGGUUGACUCCAUAUGAAAUAUUGUAUGGGGGCCCUCCCCCAAUAGCUGACUUAUUGGGGCCCAGUAUUGACUCUUAUGUCACUUCCCCCAGUCUGCAGACCCGGCUGAGAGCUCUGCAGCUGAUUCAAAAGCACGUGUGGGAACCUCUAGCGGCAGUGUACCAAUCCAAGUGCCCUACAGUGCCACACCCUUUCCAGAUCGGAGAUUCGGUGUAUGUCCGCAGACAUCAGUCCAGGACCCUUGAGCCGCGUUGGAAGGGACCUUACACGGUGCUGCUGACGACACCCACUGCAGUGAAAGUCGACGGGAUUGCCGCUUGGGUUCACGUUUCGCACCUCAAGAGGGCACCGCCAGAGGGAGAAGGCCCCGCAGACGACUCAGCCAAAUGGACACUCCAACGUACUCAAAACCCCCUCAAGAUAAGACUUUUAAAAGCUGCCUAAUGUUUGUAAUCUUUAGCCUGUCCCCUGCACUGCUUAUGAUUCGCCCCAGUCUCAGUUUCACCUUAUCCAACUCGUCCCUUUCUAACCCCCACGAGCCACAAAAGCUCACCUGGGAG